AGUCACCCUACUUGCUUCUCAUACUCAUAAUAACCAUUAAACCCACUCCCUCUUCAACUCAACACCUUCCUCAAAUUUGAACCGCAAAGAACUAGUGUGCAGCUUCUAUUUCUGAAAUGAGAACAACAACCAUAAUUUCCAUUUGUCUUGUGGUGUUAAUUGCAGUGGCAUUAAAAGGAUUCAUAGACAAACACCAAACAAAAGAUGAAUAUUCAGAUUUUGUAAUAAGUGAAGCAACCAUUGAAGACAUACAAGAAGCCUUCAACAGAAACCAACUCACUUCAAGAAAACUCGUUGAGUUUUAUUUAAACAGAAUCGAGGCUCUCAAUCCUGUACUUGGAGCUGUAUUGGAAGUCAAUCCGGACGCACGAGAUCAAGCGGAGAAGGCUGACUCUGAGAGAGGAGAAAAUCAGAACCGCUCAUUGCUUCAUGGGAUCCCUAUUUUGCUUAAGGACGGUAUUGCCACGUUGGAUAAACUCAACACUACGGCUGGGUCGUAUGCGUUGUUGGGAUCGAAGGUUCCACGUGAUGCGCACGUGGUUUCUAAGCUGAGGGAUGCUGGUGCUAUUAUACUUGGGAAAACUAGUCUUCCAGUGUGGUAUGGGUUUCGUUCUACCAAAACGAUAGGACUAGCUUGGUGCCCCAGAGGUGGAUCUGCUUUGAACCCUUAUGUGGCGUCGCAAAGUCCAUGUGCGUCUAGCUUUGGAUCUGCAAUAUCAGUGGCAACUAACAUGGUUGCAGUUUCUUUGGGAACAGAAACUGAUGGCUCCAUCCUUUGUCCAGCUGACCACAACUCGGUAGUCGGGAUCAAGCCCACUGUUGGACUCACUAGCAGGGAUGGUGUCAUACCAAUCUCACCUCGUCAAGAUACUAUUGGGCCAAUGUGCAGGACUGUUUCAGAUGCAGUUCAUGUGCUUGAUGUAAUUGUUGGAUUUGACCCAAGAGAUUAUGAAGCUACAAAGUCCACGGAAAAGUUUAUACCUUCGGGUGGAUAUAAACAAUAUCUCAAUAAACAAGGGUUGAAAGGAAAGAUAAUAGGUGUUUUGAGGGAUCCAUUUUUGGUUGGAUCAAAUGUCACUUCCAUCUUUGAAGAUCAUCUCAAUGUGUUAAGAGAAAGAGGUGCAACAGUGGUGGAUAAUUUGGAAGUAGAAAAUUUAAGCACCAUUCUGGACCCUUUCCAAAGUGGUGAAGUGACAAUCUUACUUUCAGAAUUCAAGUUGUCAAUCAACAAAUAUCUGCAGGAGCUCACUUAUUCUCCUGUUAGGUCUCUAGCUGAGAUUAUAGAAUUCAACACCAACAACCCUAGUUUGGAAAAAACUACUGAAUAUGGGCAAGAUUUAUUCAUGGCAUCAGAAAUGACUAGUGGCUUAGAAACAAGUGAAAUAAUUGAGGCCUUGAAGGUGAUGGAUGAAUUGUCAAAAAAUGGAUUUGAGAGAGUCAUAAAAGAAAAUCAAUUGGAUGCAUUGUUGGUCAUAGGCUCCGAUGUUUCUCCAAUGUUAGCAAUUGGAGGGUAUCCUGCAAUCACUGUCCCAGCUGGGUAUGAUAGCCAAGGAAUGCCAUUUGGGAUCUGUUUUGGUGGGUUAAAGGGAACUGAGCCAAAAUUGAUUGAGAUUGCUUAUGAUUUUGAGCAAGCUACCAUGGCAAGAAAGCCACCCCCUCACUUCUCAUUCACAUGAAGAAAAUUAAGGAUGAUACCUUACUUGACUGAUAGGCUUGUGGUGAUUGUUGAUUUUCAUUAAUAUAAGUACAGCAUCGCAUUAUCGUUGAUGCAUAUCUUUUACCUAAAAUUUUCCAAUCAUAUUAAUGAUCUGAUGUUGAAAAUAGAUUCUCUCCAAUCAUAAAUUUAGUGUCAUCAUAUUCCGUGCACUCCAUAUGAUGCAUUAAAUCAGAUUUUUAUAUAACAUUAAGUUUUUAUUAGAAUUUUCAUUUAUUUUACAACAAGGUUUUAAAAAAUGGUCUCACAGCAAAAACUAUCACGACAAAACCGUAUCAGAAAGUAUUGAUACCGAUAUUGUUAUUCACCGUUUUUAUGAUGAAAAAGAAUCGUAGUUAGUUCACACUGCAAUGACCGUAAUCAGUACCGACUGAAAUAGCUAAACCCUUUAUGUUACCGCGACCUUACUAGUGGUCCUCUAUUUCACCUUCAAGAACAUCUUGUGGCUGUGCAAUGAGAUGCAUCUAAUCAUGAAAGAAUAAGCCCCACUGCACCAACUAUU